CUAUGUAUAUUACAUGUAUAUUUUCCUGGGUUCAUAUCAAUAACAGAAUUCGCUUGUGCGCCGUAAUCCGUCAAUCAAUUGCAAAUCCAUUCAGGCGAAUCAAAGGCCGUCAAUGUGGCCUUUGGGGUCCUGAGCACUUUGUUCGCGCUGCGAGCUCCAAAUCGGUGGCCACAAGGCUAAAAUGGAUUUGUUCCGCGUUGUCUUUGGCAAUGUAACAAAUUGUGGCCGUCGAGUUGAAUAACGUUCGUUUAUUCACCGGCUAAUUGUCCAAAGGGAGGGAGACGUGUUUUGGUUCUCGUGAAGGACGCCGACGCCGCUGGAAUCGAAGGGAGAGGCUCCGAGCAUGGAGUUGGCGUACGUGUGCGACUGGGAGAGGCGCCCCAAAAGCACCCACUGCCCCUCCAUCCCCCUGGUCUGCUCCUGGUCCUGCAGAAACCUGGUGGCCUUCACCACCGACCUGAAGAACGACGACAACGGCGAGCCGGAUGUCAGUCACAUGAUCCACAUCAUGGACACGGAGCAUCCCUGGGACGUGUACUCCAUCAGCUCCGGCCACGCCGAGGUCAUUUCCUGUCUGGAGUGGGACCAGUCAGGCUCCAGGCUGCUGUCGGCGGACGGCGACGGCCACAUCAAGUGCUGGUCCAUGUCGGAGCACCUGGUCAACAGCUGGCAAAGUGUUCUGAGCAGUUCUGUGGAGGGAGAUCCCAUCGUGGCGCUGAGUUGGUUGCACAACGGCGUCAAACUGGCUCUGCACGUGGAGAUGUCGGGCUCGACAAACUUUGGCGAGAAGUUCUCCCGGGUCAAGUUCUCGCCGUCUUUGACGCUGUUUGGCGGGAAGCCGAUGGAGGGCUGGCUGGCGGUGACGGUGAGCGGCCUGGUCACCGUGUCGCUGCUCAAACCCGGCGGCGCCCUGCUGACGGCCAGCGAGUGUCUGUGUCGCCUGCGAGGGCGCGUGGCGCUGGCCGACAUCGCCUUCACGGGAGGCGGCAACAUCGUGGUCGCCGCCACCGACGGCAGCAGCUCUUCGCCCGUCCAGUUUUACAAGGUGGUGGUGAGCGUGGUGAGCGAGAAGUGCCGCAUCGACACCGAGCUGCUGCCCUCCUUGUUCCUGCGCUGCACGACGGACCCGCUGAGGCGGGACAAGUACCCCGCCGUCACGCACCUCAAGUUCCUGACCAGAGAGAACUCCGAGCAGGUUCUGCUGUGCGCGUCGAACCAGAGCGGGAGCAUCGUGGAGUGCUGGUCGCUGCGGAAGGAGGGGCUCCCCGUCAACAACAUCUUCCAGCACCGAUCGCCCGUCGUGGGCGAGAAGCAACCCACCAUCUUGAAGUGGAGGAUCCUGACCACCACCGGCGACCUGGAGAGGGUGUCGGCCGUCGCCCUUCCCAAACUGCCCAUCUCCAUCUCCAACACUGACCUGAAGGUGGCGUCGGACACCAAGUUCUGCCCCGGACUGGGUAAGGCGGGCCCCCGUCGGCGGCNCCAUCCAGAUCCUCCACCGCCUGUCGCUGCACACCAUGGGCGUCUUCUACGGCUCGGCCGCCGCCGCCGCCGGGGCGGGCCAGCGGCCGGGAGAGGAGUCGGCGGUCAAGCGCCAACGAACGGGGGCGCCCGGCCUCCAUUUCAAGGCCUUGCAGUUUUCCUGGACGUCGCUGGCCUUGGCCGGAGUCGACAAUCACGGGAAGCUGCACAUGCUGCGAGUGUCGCCCUCUAUGGGUCAAGUGCUGGAGAUGAACACCACGCUGCGCCACCUGCUGUUCCUGCUGGAGUACUGCAUGGUGACGGGCUACGACUGGUGGGACGUCCUCCUGCACGUGCAGCCCGGCAUGGUCCACAACCUGGUGGACAAACUCCACGAGGAGUACAUGAGGCAAAACCAGGCCCUGCAGCAGGUCCUGGCCACGCGCAUCGUGGCGGUCAAGGCGUCGCUGUGCAAACUGUCGACGGCCACGGCGGCGCGGGCCUGCGACUUCCACGCCAAACUGCUGCUCAUCGCAAUCAGCUCCACCCUCAAGUCUCUGCUUCGGCCCCACGUGCUCCACACCCUGGACAAAAGUCCCGGAGACCGCCUGAGCGACUUCUGCGCCAAGAACGUGGACUCGGACAUCGACAAGGUGAUGAUCAACCUGAAGACGGAGGAGUUUGUCUUGGACGGGGCCCCGCUGCAGUCCCUUCAGCAGCUCAUCCAGUGGGUGGGCGACUUUGUCCUCUACCUGCUGGCCAAUCUGCCCAACCAGGGUUCGGUGGUGCGGCCCGGUUUCGGCUUCAUGCGGGACGGGACCUCUCUGGGAAUGCUGCGGGAGAUGCUGGUGAUGAUCCGCAUCUGGGGGCUGCUGAAGCCCGGCUGCCUUCCCACCUUCACGGCCACGUCGGACAGCCAGGACAGUUUGCAGCUGCUCUUCCGCCUGCUCACCAAGCUGUGGCUGACUUGCCGGGACGACGCCCCCCCUCAGGACCCCGACGAGAGCCUGAUCGACGAGUGCUGCCUGCUCCCCAGUCAGCUGCUGGUGCCUUGCAUGGAUUGGCUCCCCGUCAACGACGGCGUCAUCGUCAAGCUGCAGGGCAAGCAGCCCAUUCGCUUGCACUUUGGCAAAACGGCGGCGCUCGCCUCGUCCGACGCCCUCGCCAGGAGCGUCGGCGGCCAGAGGACAGACAACCUCCGAUGCGUCCACAUGGGCGUUUGUCCCACGGAGGAGAGCAAGGCCUGCACCAGGUGCGGCUGCGUGACCAUGCUGCGCUCGCCCAACAACAGCAACGCGAUGAAGCAGUGGGAGCAGCGCUGGAUCAAAAACUGCCUGUGUGGAGGUCUGUGGCGCCGCGUCCCGCCCACGCUCGCCUGAAAGCCCGCUCGCUCGCCCGCCCGCGCCUUUUGCCACCUUGCCAAAAGCCGACUUCUCUUUGGACUCUCGAGAAGGAAUCGUUCGCUCACCCUCUCGGGAGGGGCGGCGGUUCGAACCGCGGCGGGAGUGAGGCCGAGCGACGGGCCCGCGGUUGAAAACGAUCCGAAUAAAAGCAGCUCGCCAGUGCCGAGAUUUGUGGGCAAAGCGU